UCCAACAAUGAGUUACCAUUUACCAAGAGUUUGUGUUGGGUUCAGCUUUUAAUCUGUGGUCACACUCGCUACGCUUACAACAUCAACAGCAGAAACUCAACGCAUAUUCGUAUCUUCGAGCUUCAUCCAUCAAUGGCGGCUUCUUUCGCAACACAAGCCAAUGUUACUUCAAUCUCCAGCAAAAAAGAUGUAAUUUCGGCGAAUUCCGUAGUAAAUUCCGCUGCUCGUAGCUCGCUCAAACUUCCUAGGAGUCCUCUGUCGUCGUCGAAUUCCUUCUGUUGCGUGUCAUUCAAGUGUUCUUCGCCCUCUUCUCUUCACCGGAAACCUAACUUUCUUACCUCUGUUCGAGCUUCUGCUGAGUCUAAUCUGCAGGAAACUCCUCUGCAAUCAAAAGUGACGAAUAAAGUAUAUUUCGACAUAAGCGUUGGUAAUCCAGUAGGGAAAUUAGCUGGUAGGAUUGUGAUUGGUCUCUUUGGUGAUGAUGUCCCUCGAACUACUGAGAACUUCAGAGCUCUUUGCACAGGAGAGAAGGGCUUUGGUUACAAAGGUUCUUCCUUUCACCGUGUUAUCAAGGAUUUCAUGAUUCAGGGAGGAGAUUUUGACAAAGGAAAUGGAACUGGAGGUAAAAGCAUAUAUGGGCGUACAUUUAAGGACGAGAACUUUAAUUUGUCUCAUAUUGGAGCUGGAGUUCUCAGCAUGGCAAAUGCAGGGCCCAAUACCAAUGGCAGUCAAUUUUUUAUAUGCACUGUCAAGACACCAUGGCUAGACAAAAGGCAUGUAGUCUUUGGGCAGGUUCUGGAAGGCAUGGAUGUAGUUAGGUCUAUCGAGUCCCAAGAGACCGACAGAGGUGACCGUCCAAGGAAGAGGGUUGUCAUCAGUGAUUGUGGUGAGCUUCCAAUGGUAUGAUGCACGACUUCAUGUUGUUUGUAGCAUCUACCUCAUUUUACAAGCUGUUAGGUUUGGCCCUAUCAUGUUGACUCGUUGAUUUGAUUUCCAUCGGGAGGCUUGUUUACUUUGCAUGGUUUGUCUCUUUGUGUGCACCUCUUUUCAUCUAGGUUUUCCCAGUAUAGAGAAAUCCAGUAGCUCUAGACUACACCCCAGGUUAUUAAAUUGGGCACUAGAGAGAGUUCGCACUUCACAGUACUUUUGGCUAUGCCGUAGCUAUCCUUCGAGGAUAAUAAUGAACUAUGUAAUGAUGUCAAUAUGCUGUUGUAAAAUCUUUACUAAAUGUUCUAUGAUUCAGAUGGCACUUUCACAA